AAGUAUCUAAUUUGCAUGGUUUUUUUUUUAGAAUCCAAAGAGAGGGAUGACAGUGAGGAGGAGGAUGAAAUUGGGGAACCAAUUAGACUAAUUAAUAAGACCAAUGAACCUGAGCUUAUAGAACACAUAGAGCCUUCCAUGUCUAAGCAGAAAAGAAAGAAAGGCAAAACGCAUCAGAAAAUACAGGCUGCAAAACCCAAAUUGAUCUAUGAUUCAAAAGAAACAAAUGAAACAGAGAAGGAUGUCACUGAGGAAGUGAAUACUGAUGUUAUUGAACCUGUGCUGUCUGAACCUAUAGAGCAGAUAGCCAUUAACAAUCAAGACCAGCAAGGUGCUACAGAAAGAGAUGACCAAGAUAUGCCAAUCAUUAAAGCCCCAGCAAAAAGGAAACGAAGAAAUAAUAAAAAAAUAGAUCAAAGAACUCUUUCCAAUGACCAUAUAGACCAGGAUGUAUCACAAGACGUCCAAAAUGAUUCAAAUUCCCAAUCAGAUCACGAUGUAACUGCAGAGAAAGAUACAGAAAAAACAUGGGAGAUAAACUCUUAUUAUGCAGUUGCAUUUGAGGAUCGAUGGUAUCCUGGAGUGGUGACUGCCAUCCAAGGAGACAAUAAGGACUGGGCAUCCAUAAAAUAUAUGCACCCUAGUGGUGAAAAUUUUAAAUGGCCCGGCAAAGAAGACUCUGCAUUAGCACAUAUAAAUGCCAUGCUCUGCAGGGUCAAUGUUAAUAUCUUGGCAAAUGGUCGUUUAUGGACAGUGUCCAAUAUUGGCAAAAUUGAUAAUUUAUACAAAAGUCAAUCAGAACUACAAAUUGUUGAAAUUGAUUAUCAAUAGACUAUGUUGUUACUGUUUAUAACAUGCAUCAAAUUCUAUUAAAAGAUCAUUUCAA